AUGUCUAAAUCAUUGUUAAAAAGAUUAAUGAAAUACCUCUGGUUGGUUGGAGUAAAUUGGGAUGAAACAAUACCGGAAGAAGCAAUGACCUCUUGGACCCAAUACCACCGAGAGCUACUCAUUCUAGCUACCCUGCAAAUUCCUCGCAUGGUUACCCAUCCAAAUGCUACACACGAGUUACAUGGGUUUAGUGAUGCCUCUGAAGCAGCGUAUGCGUCGGCCGUGUAUCUAAUAAUUGAUACUGGUACAGAAGUAAAGUGUAAUCUCUUGAUAGGAAAAUCUAGGAUAGCACCGGAUAAGAAGAUAUCUGUUCCGAGACUAGAGUUGUGUGGUGCUUGGUUAUUAGCUCGUCUCCUUGCGUUUGCGCAUGAUAACUUGUCCGCAAUCAAUAUAAAAAAGGUUACCACGUGGUCUGAAUCCACGGUAACGCUACAUUGGAUAAGAAGUUCGACCUGA